GUGCAUGAAACUUGUCUGUUCACUCCAUAAUGCAAUCCACUUUUUGUAUUACCUUGAUCGGCAACUCGAUGCAACAACACACCAUUCAUUCGGCGCUGCUUGCAGCAAUUUGGACGCGACAUGAUGUUGUCAACUAGGGCGAAGGCUUUGGUGGCCAAGAUCCUUCCUCGCGCACUUUCAGCACCUCACACCUCGCUGUGCCUCGGCGACAACGUCCUCAAAUCUGAUAAGCAUGGAGAUGCGAGCCUACAUCGCUUCACCAGGGGACGAUUCGUGUGCAACGAAGAAUACGAAAUGAGACAGCAUCAUGUAGACUUCGACUUGCGACAAUUGGAGAAGCUGGCUGCGCGAGCUGCGAAUGCUACUCGCUGUGUUCACGUCAAGAAGUUUCCAGAUGGUCUGCACAACAAGGCUUUACUGAUGACGAUGGACGAUGGGAAAGAAGUCGUCGUGAAGUUGCCCAAUCCGAAUGCCGGGCGACCGCAUUUUACUACUGCCAGUGAAGUAGCAACUCUGGAUUUUAUUCGGAGCUGCAUGUCAAUCCCGGUGCCGAAGGUGCUCAGCUGGAGUUCGAAAGCAGAGAGCAAUCCUGUUGGCGCCGAAUACAUCAUCAUGGAGAAGGCGAAUGGUGUAUCUUUGGAAUCUGUUUGGCCGCGUAUGAAGCUUGCAGACCGACUGACUAUCAUGAAGACUCUCGUUGAAUACCAAAAGCUCUGGGCGUCAACGCCGUUUCCUGCUUACGGCAGUCUCUACUACGAUUCGGACCUGAGCUCGGAUACUCACAGCGUACCAUGCGAGUCUCAGGCGUCGUUUUCAGGAGCAGCCUUCGUGAUUGGACCAAGCGAAGGCCGAGACUGGAUCGAUGAUGGCAGAAUGCUGAUCGAGUUCGAUCGCGGUCCAUGGACUUCUGCUCUUGACUACCUCACAGCGGUAGGCAAACGAGAACGGGAAUGUAUACGACAGAUGCCUGUCCUACCCAAAUCGCCUAUCACGCUGUGUGGACCGAACCUGUACCAACCAAAGGUCGCAACCAAACUCAAAGCUGUUGACUGCUAUUUUGAGCUCCUGCACAUUGUCUCGCCGUCGGACUCUGUCCUCAACAGACCGUGCAUCUGGCACAGCGAUCUCCACGUGGAGAACAUCUUUGUUGAUCCGGAUGAGCCAACACGUAUCACGAGUAUAAUCGACUGGCAAUCAAGCGAAGUCGCUCCACUCUAUAUACAUGCCCGACAGCCCUAUUUGAUGGAUUAUGAUUGUGACGACACACUCAGUCUCGAGCGCCCGCGGAAACCAGAUUAUUACUCCGAGCUUUCGCCUGGGGAAAAGCAGCGUGCCGAUCAGCUCUUGUUUGAUCGAUCUCUCUGCGUGUUAUAUCGCAUACUGGUGUCCAAAACGGUUCCAGAUAUCUGGAAAUGUCUCCAGUUCCGCCAGACUACCGCUUUCGAUUUGAUACUCACGGCACGCAACUUGUUGACAGACGGAGAAGCCGUGUACCUUGCUCAUGCACUUGAGCUGCUAGAGGACGGCGCGCCUAUCUCGGGAGUAGAGGAUCAAUCCACGACUCUUCCCAUUUCAUUCUCUGCAGAGGAGAAGAAGCAGAUCAUGUCAGAUAUUGAGGCAGCUACAUUGGGCAUGCGGGCCAUGUCUGGGAUCAAAGAUGCUUUGGGCGACUUGUUCCCAGAGCGUGGAAUAGUGAAAUCCGAACGGUAUGAUGAAGCCAAAGAUGCGUUGCAGCAGAUGAAGGAGCAAGUCAUUGAGCAAUUCGCUCACAGUGAAGAGGAGAGGGCAGCGUGGAUGAGAUCUUGGCCGUUCGAUGACUGAAGAAGUGGUGCACAUGCUCGAAGGCAAUCAGUAAGGUGCGCUGUGACGCGUUUGAAAUCUGGGUCGCGUCUAAGGGGUCAUGGCCUGCAUGCGAUGUAUCAGCUGAGAGUCUCCAUCUUAGUCGGAAGAAAUUGUUCUACGAUCGUCCUAAGUGGAUUAGCGAAGUGAAGAAAAAUAUCCUUGAUAGAACCCACCU